AUGUACAACUACGAAGAGUCGACAGGACAGUUCGGCUACUGCGAAAGCGGGAAUCAGUCUUUAUUACUACUAUACUCAUGCCACAGCCUUGUGCCAUUCUUUGCAUGCUUCCUCAACGGAAACCUCGCGAUGUGGGAAUUCGAGCGCAUCGCCAUCGACUGCGAGUUUCAGAUUGUCAAAGUACAACGCCUGGCCAAACACGUCCAGCGUUCCGGCCGUGUUUCCGUUGUGAACUCCUUCCGGGAGGUCAUCUACGACGUCUUCUGCUACUUUGCAGAGGAAGAGAGCAAGCACAAGAAGCUCCAUCCUCAAAGGCUAAAGAUGGGUGUCUACUGGGCGGACAUCAAGCUACGAAACGGUGCGGCAAGGGUCAUGAAAGUGGAAGACUAUCCCACCCAGAUCCAUCAUGAGGCAGACCUUGUGGUGGGCCAUGCGAUCAGCAACGAUAUCAAGGUCUUCAGCCCUCGUGUCUUCGACACCGUUCGUAUCUUCACGAUACUCAGCUCCAUGAACCAUACCGCUACCAUGGAGCUGUACCAUCUGGCCCAGAGCCGCGGUAACUGCGACAACCAUGACGGCGGUUUCGGAGAGUACGAAAAUGGAUAUGGAGGAUGUAAUGACGGCUACGGAGGGUACGAAGAAGUGGAGGCGUUCACGUAUGACGAAGACGAGCUCGAGGAGCAGCCCGCGGAGGACCGCGAGGAGCAUGCAGAGGAUGCUGGCGGGCUGAAGACGCUGCCACAACUCCCGCUCUCGGCUGCCGGUGACUUCUGGCAGGGUGCGCCUGCAUCGAUCAAGGCUCGCAAUGCUGCGACGACGGCAAAGGUGCUUAUUGGAGAAAUAGCGGCGGUCGACAAGGCCGCAGCUUGAGAUCGACAGUCUGAAGGGUUUCCAAACAUAUGGUUGAGCGUGGGCUGCGCUGGAGGAGGGGUUUGCGCGAUGACUGAAAACUGGAUACUGUCAGUUGAUGCUUCCGACCUUACUCAAAUGCAGCUAUUGGCAGCGGCGUUGGAUGCGGUUUGGCUCACUGUGAGGGACAUUGCCUGAGCCAUUAACCGGCCCUGUUAGGUGUAAUAAUAGCCCUCGUGGGGUAAAGGUAGAUUCCUUCAAUCUAUGCCGAUGGGCAGGCAUG